AUGACGUACAAAAAGAAUAUUUUACACUUUACAAAUUGUUUUGUUGCUGAUAAAGGUAUUUUAUCUAAUAGAGAUUUGUGGGUAGAUGUUGAAAAUGGUAUAAUCAUUGACAAACCUCAAAUUACGGACGAUUAUAUUGAAGUUAAUCUAGAAGGUAAAAUUAUCGUAGCUGGCUUUAUGGACAUCCAAAUCAAUGGCUGCUUUGGUUUGGAUUAUUCCACUGUUUUCGAUUGUGUGUCUGAAAAAGAACAAUUUAUCCAAGAAUAUAAUAAUACUAUGCAAAAAAUGGUACAAUAUGGUGUAACUAGUAUUUGUCCAACAGUUACUUCAAGUUUCUCUGAUGUAUAUAAAGAUGUUUUACCCAUAGUUGGUUCUAAAACCAGAUCAUCAGAAAGAACUGAUUCAUUAGGUGCCCAUUUAGAAGGCCCUUUUAUUUCCAGGCAAAAAAAGGGGUGCCAUCCACCAGAAACCUUGGAUACAAUGCAAGCAGGGUAUAAAUCUGUUUUGAUGAGGUACGGCAGUAAUUUUGCUGAUUAUACAGCCAUUAUAACGGCUGCUCCUGAAGUACAGAAUGUUAUUCAAACCAUGAAAGAUGUAUUGGACAAACAUCCUAACAUUGUCUAUUCUAUUGGCCAUACAAUGAGUGAUUUUGAUACUGGUGUUCAAGCAAUUGAAAGCGGAGGCACCAUGAUGACACAUUUGUUUAAUGCAAUGCCACCAUUUACAGCAAGAAACCCUGGAGUAAUUGGGCUUAUUGACUUGCCCAACACUUAUAAAAAUAUAGACACCCCUUAUUAUGGUUUGGUGGCAGAUGGUAUCCAUGUGCAUCCUAGCGCUAUCAAAUUGGCUUAUAAUUUAAAUCCUGAUAAAGCCAUAUUAGUUACUGAUGCAAUGUCAUUGAUUGGUUUGCCAGAUGGUUCGUAUAUAAGGGGAACUAGUAAAAACCAAGAACAACAAAAAAUUGUGAAAAUAGGACAUAGGUUAUUAUUACAAAACACAGAGACAAUUGCAGGAAGUGCCACUCAUUUAUUGGAUUGUGUAAAAAACCUAAUGAAAUGGACUGGUGUGCCUUUGGAAAAGGCUUUGGUAACUAUAACCAAUAACCCAUCUAAGUCGUUAAACUUGCAAGCUUCCAAGGGGUUUUUGGACAUUGGUUGCGAUGCAGAUUUGGUCAUUUUGGACUCCAAUACGGAUAUUUCUAUGGUUUAUAAGCUAGGCCACAAAGUGUUGUAA